GCCUCUGGACCAGUCUAUAUAACAAAAAUGGAUGAGCCUUGGACUGGAGAAUGCUUUGACUUGAAUCAGCAGGCGUGGAUCCUUAAGGGUCACACCCUCGUGACAGCUCCACUGAACAACAGUGUGACUCCAGUCACUGUCACUGUUAUGCCAUGCAAGAAUCCAGGCUCUGUUGAGGAAGACAGAGGGGUUCCCAUUUAUUUGGGAAUAGAGAAUCCAGAAAUGUGUCUGUAUUGUGAGGACGUCGGAGGACAGCCCAAAUUGCAGCUGAAGGACCAGAAAAUACUGGAUCUGUACAACCGACCUGAGCCCGUGGAGCCCUUCCUUUUCUACCAUGGCCGGACAGGCAGUACCUCCACCUUUGAGUCCGUGGCCUUUCCCGACUGGUUCAUCGCCUCCUCCGAGCAAGGCCAGCCCAUCUUUCUCACUUCGAACCUGGGGAAAAUAUACAGUACUGCCUUCCGCAUAGAUUUAAGGAUUUAA